GAGCGAGCGAGGCAGGCUGUGUGAGAGAGAGAGAGGGGGGAGGAAGCAGCCUGCAGGCGGGGAGUGGCCCAACCUAUAAAAGGCAGCUCAUCUUCCUGCUUUUCACAUUUCUCUUCUGUCAUCUGUUUGCCUCAGACCGGAGACUCUACCUGCACAGGAUGUCGUGGAACAGCUACAUCGACAUGCUGAAGACCCCCGACCAGAGCGGCGUGGUCCCGGUGGCCGAGGCGGCCAUCUGUGGCAUCGCAUCUGGACAGGAGAGCGUGUGGGCCAGCACGCCGGGCCUGGCCAAAACAAUCACGACGGAGGAGAUCAAGAAGCUGGGGAGCAGCGACCGGUCCAGCUUUGCUCAGAACGGCGUCUACAUUGGCGGGACGAGGUGCAGACUGAUCAGGGACCAGAUGGACAUGGACCCCGUCUACGCUCUGGACCUGAAGACCGCUGCUGACGCUGAGGGCAACACUUUCAACGUCUGUGUGGGGAAGAGCGUAACAGCUAUAGUCAUAGUUAAGGGCACAAAAGACGCCAGCGGUGGACAGCUGUCCAGCAAGGCCUUCAGCGUAGUCAGCUACCUAAGGAAGUCCAACAUGUGAAUCCAACAUGGCCGCCGCCUCCCCCCUCCUCCAAAUUCUGAUGGACGACCCCUCCCUCACCCGUGUCUCCCCCAGCGUCCCCCCUGGGCUCCGGUUGUCUGCG